AUGGAGUUGGCCAAUGGGACCACAGUCCAGGAAUUCAUUUUGGUGGGCUUUGGGGGUGGGCAACAGAAAAAGUUCCUGCUCCUCAUCUUUUUCACCAUUCUCUAUGUGCUCACUUUGGCUCAGAACAUCACAAUUAUCACACUGGUGGCUCUGGACACCCAUUUGUCCCGGCUUCCCAUGUACAUCCUGCUAAGCAACUUCUCCGGGCUAGAGAUGUGCUACAUGAGUGCAACUGUGCCCCGUAUGCUAUUUGAUCUGGCUAACCCUUGUGGGAUCAUCUCCUUCCAUGCCUGCUUCCUCCAGUUCUACAUCUUCUUCUCCCUCAGCAGCACAGAAUGCUUCUUCCUCUCCGCCAUGGCCUUGGAUCGGUACUUGGCCAUCUGCCACCCGCUGCGUUACCCACAAAUUAUGUCUCAGGAUUUCUGCUACAUCCUGGUAGCUGCUUGUUGGAUUCUUGGUUUUUUGUGGUUCAUUGUCCCGGUGAUUUUGAUUUCGAAAUUAUCCUUCUGUGGCUCAAACAUCAUUGAGCAUUUGUUGUGCGAUCCUGGACCAAUCCUGUCCCUGGCCUGCCCCCCGCUAGGAAAUGCUCCCUUCAUCUGUCAGAUUGCUAUGAAUGCUGUGGUUUUAGGCAAUUUAUUCUUUGUUGUGCUAUCCUAUGGCGUUGUAAUUCUAACUCUAAUGAAAACCUCUAGACAAGGCAGUUGUGGGAAGGCUUUCUCAACUGCGUCUUUCCACUUAGUGGUAGUCACACUUUUCUACGGAUCAGUGGCAGGGGUUUACUUAACUCCCAAUGGAGAAAGCCAAUCAGAUCUCACAAAGACAGCCACAGUCUUCUACAAGGCCAUCACACCCUUUCUCAACCCCUUGAUCUACUGUCUGAGGAACAAUCAGGUGAAAGAGGCCCUGGGCAGGUUGCUGAAGAGAAACUUGAGGCUGAUGGGAAGAAAAGCAACUGUUGAAACAUAG